UCCUUUUCUUGUGUUUUUCUUCUUUUCUUUUUCUUCCUAUCUAAUCUCAAAUUACGGUACUGUAAUUUGGACCUACCCUGAAAUCAUGUAUUUGUAUGAAUACACUCCUAAUAAAAUACAAAGAGUUGUAUUAUUUUGUAACAUAAGGUCCAAACUGCCCGAAACUGGUGUCAUUUGUUGGGCUUGAAUAAUUGAUGAGGGCCACACACGGCCCAGAAUUGUGAGCUUCCAAGGAAUAUCUCAAGAGUUGAGAGGAGAAAUGAAUUAUGAUGAUGGCGCCACCUUUUUUUAUUUUUUUUAUUUUAUUUUAUGAAAGAUUUGAGAUCUGUAAAUUUUCCCUCCCCUCAGUCCAUUUAUCUACACUAAUAACACAAUCCAAUCAAAACACAACUCCAGCACGCAUCCUGGCCACAUAGAAAGAUGAGGUGGUCAAACUCCCAGUCCAGUUCCGAAUCCCAAAUUCGGACCAGUAACAGCUUUUUCCCUCCAAUCCCAUGGCUGCACCAACAGCAACUCCACCUGCUUCGUUCUCACUUUCACUAAAGUCCCAACCCAGCAAACCAAGAGCUACUCAUCUUGUAAACCAGGGGACUAGAGAAACCAACCACCGUGGCCGGUUUCGGGUGCUGGCCGUGCAGGGUUCAGAUGGCAGGCAGAGGGCACCUCCUGGAGUCGAUACAAGAAUUCACUGGGAGAAUGAGGAUGAGGGGUGGAUAGGAGGAAGUAGCCCCAGGUCAACACAGGAGCAAGUCAAAGACGACGAUGAUUUGCUGGGUGAAAAAUUCUCAGACUUGCUUGACAGUUCAACUGAUUCUUAUUACCAGUUUUUAGGAGUUCCUGCAAAUGCUGAUCUGGAAGAAAUAAAAUCCGCCUACCGGAGGCUGUCGAAGGAGUAUCAUCCAGACACAACCACACUUCCUCUAAGAGCAGCAUCGGACAAGUUCAUGCAACUAAGAGAAAUCUACAACGUUCUAAGCGAUGAUGAGAAGCGCAAGUUUUAUGAUUGGACACUGGCUCAGGAGGCAGCAAGCAGAGAAGCUGAGAGAAUGAGGAUGAAGCUGGAAGACCCAUACAUGCAAGACAUAGAGAACUGGGAAUCGAUUCCAGACAUGGUGGAUCGACUGGGUGGGAGGAACAUGGAGCUCAGUGAUCAGGCAAAGCAAGCUCUCACUUUUGAUAUUUUGAUCAUUAUAUUCUCUAUAUGUUGUAUAAUAUACGUCGUCUUCUUCAAAGAACCUUAUUAGUCCGAUACUUCAAAAGAAUGGCAUAGUUUCUACUAAAACUUAUCCCUGCAAAGGAUACAGUGAUUAUGUGUAUAUGGAAAUUGUUCAAAGGCAA